AUGACUUCCAAAAAGAAACCCAAUAUUCUGUCUUUUUUCAAACCUCAAAAAGUUGACAAUAUACAAAAUAACACAGAUUCAGUAGUUUCAGCAUCAGACACUGAUAUCCCUACGUCGUCCACGUCCCAUAUAAAUAGACACGAUAUUUUCAAUUACGUCAAAAGAGUAUUGACUCAAAAUGAAAUACAUGAUAUACUAAAUGCAAUUUGGAUUCCCGAUGUAAAUUAUAAUUUUCCUGUGAAAAUAUUUUUUGUUGGAAAAGAUAAAACUGCUAGGCACUUGAAGUUUCAAUAUAAAUGGUUUGCUAACUUUCCUUGGUUAGUGUAUUCUGAUGUAGACAAUGGAGCGUAUUUAGACAAACAAAUUGAUAUUGGAAAGAAAAAAGAAAUAAUACAAAAUCGUAAAAAUAUCAUUCCUGUUAUUGAGGCAAUUAUUUUGUGUGGUCGACAAAAUAUGGCACUACGAGGGCAUCGUGACUCUGGGAACAUUUUUAAAGCAUGCUCAGAUGACAAACAAAAUAAUGAUGGUAAUUUUAGGGCAAUUCUUCGCUAUAGGGCCCAAGGUGAUAGUGAAAUGAGAUCAUAUCUUGAAAGUUCUGGUACCAUUAAGUACACAAGUUCUACUAGCCAAAAUGAAAUAAUCGAUUCCUGUAACAAACUGUUAUUAAACAAAAUAGUUUCAAAAGUAAACGAAGCAAAAUGUUUUACUGUUCUUGCUGACGAAACGGCUGAUGUGUCGGGUAUAGAACAGGUAUCUUUGUGUGUUAGAUAUGUUGAAUUAAGCACCCUUGAACUUCAUGAAGAUUUUUUGCAAUUUGUUCCUGCUGUUGACAUGACAGGGAAAGGAUUGGUGAAAUUAAUAAUUGAUAAUCUACAAAAUUUCGGCAUAGAUACAACAUACUUACGUGGUCAGGGGUAUGAUGGGGUGGCCUCUAUGUCGGGAAAAUUUAAUGGCGUUCAAGCACAUAUUAAAGACACACACCCUUUAGCAAUUUAUGUACACUGUUCCGCACAUGUGUUAAACCUGGUAGUAUCUAAAUCAUGUAGCGCGACCCAAAUAAGAGACUGUUUAGCAAUUUUAGGGAAAGUUCGCGAUUUCUUUAUUUUUCCGAAAAGAAAAUCAAUUCUUCAAUUUCAUAUUGAAAAUUCAUCAGAAACAUCAACAAAAAAGUCAUUGAAAAGAAGUUGCGAAACUAGAUGGAUAGAACGAUUUCACGCAAUAAACGAUUUUAUUGAACUUUAUGAGUACGUCAUUGAAGCAUUGGAUACAAUAUUUCAGAAUGGGACGAUAACGAUACUUCGAAUAAACAAAGGUUUUAGUAUAGGUUUACCACUUUCAAAGUUCCUACAAAAAUCAAAUAUCGAUCUUAAAUUGGCUGUACAAUUAGCAAAUGAUACACAAAAAGAAUUACAAGAACUUCGAACACACGCCGAUGAUGUUUUCAAGGAAAUAUUUGAAGAAGUAAAAGUAGUUGCCACAAAAUUUGAUAUUGAAAUUAAAAUUCCGAGAUUAACAAAAAAACAAACUAAUAGAUGCAAUAUACCAUUAAAUACUCUGGAACAAUAUUAUCGAGCAUCAAUUUUUAUUCCUUAUCUUGACAAAUUUAUUACAGAGUUAGAAGAAAGGUUCAAUGUUCAUCGAUUGAUUUUAUCAGGUUUUGAUUCUCUAUUUAGGGAAAAUGGUCCCAUCGAAGAUAUUAUAAUUCUUUCAAAUAAAUAUAUUGAAGAUUUGCAGAAUGAAGGAUCUCAAAAUCAAAUUAUUGAAGCAGAAUACAAAUUAUGGCAGAGAAAACUCAUGCAAACAACAGAGAAACCAAAUAAUGCUCUAGAGGCUAUGGCUAUGUGUAACCAGUCAAUUUAUCCAAACAUAUUUAAACUUCUUCAAAUCUUAGUCACGCUACCUGUUUCCUCUGCCACAAAUGAAAGAACAUUUUCAAAUUUAAAAAGAAUAAAAACACAUAAAUAUAUGUCAGAAUCCGAUAGUUCAGAUAUUGAUACUAGUUCUGCGGACAGUUCAAUAAAAGUCGAAAAUUAUAAAUCUAGGAAAGAAUUAAAAGAGGCAGUUUUAAAAGACGCUGUAAAGAAAGAAUUUUUAGAACAAACUAGGAAACACAUAGUUAAAACUGUUAAGAAAAAAAACAACGGAAGCAGAUACACCGAUAUUAUUAAAAAUAAUUACUUCUAA